CCAUUUAAAAUAAUUUUCUUUCACGAAAUCAACUAGUUUAAUCAUUAUAAUUUAAUUUACCUUUAUCUUUGGAAGCCACGAUGAAGCCACAGCCAUUGACGCUAAAACCUUGUGAAAAUGAAAAACCCAGCCAUGGCGGUUGGAGCUGCAGCUCCAUUCACCACCGUCUCUUCCUUCUCUCACUUCAAAACUCCCACUACCAGAUCUCGCCUUCAUCUUCCUCCUCCAUUCAUCAACUUCCGCACCCCACAUCAACAAAACCUCCGUUACCUCAAAUCCCUCCACAUCAUCGAUUCCCAAACCAGAUUCCACUCACCCGACGCCAUCGAUCAAAUCCUCACCACCGUCCAUUUCCUCAAAUCCAAGGGCUUCUCCGACUCUGAUUUCCCCAGACUCGCCUUCCUCUGCCCUCAACUCUUCACUCCCAACUUCGAUCCCACCGACAUUGCACCCGUCUUCCACUUCCUCGCCGCCGAUCUAUCCGCUUCUGUCCAAGAAUCGCGCGGACUGAUCCUCCGGUGCCCUAGGAUUCUGUUAUCCGACGUCGAGUUGUGUCUGAAGCCGACGCAUAAGUUCCUGAAGCAAUUAGGGAUCGAGAAUCUGAAAUCGCCGAGUAAUUUGAAUUCGCACCUGCUGAACACUAGAGUGGAGAAGCUAAGAAGCAAAAUCAGAUUCAUGCAGGAGAUCGGAUUCUCGCACGAGGAGGCGGCGAAGAUUUGCGGGAGAAUGCCGGCAAUGUUCGGUUACAGUGUGGAGGAGAAUUUAAAGCCUAAGUAUGAGUAUUUGGUGAAGGAGAUGGAGAGGGAUUUGGAGGAAUUGAAGGGGUUUCCUCAGUAUUUUGGGUUCAGCUUGGAAGCACGAAUUAUGCCUCGUCAUUUGCAUUUGAAACAAAGGAAUCUCCGAAUUCCUCUUAAUAGAAUGCUGUUGUGGAGUGAUAACAGGUUUUACUCUAAAUGGAAAUAAAACAUAAACAUUAUUCACAAUGAUGAUUUGUAAUAUAAUAUGUAUUCUUCAUUUAUUUAUAAUUCAUGAUGCAGUGGAAUCGGCUCCUUUAUGGAAGAUGGAUUAAUUCAUAAA